AUGGCAUCCUAUUUCUCCCUUCCUGCAACUCUCAAUCCUCCUCUGACUGGGCGCGACGCCGUGGCCGACGCCAUGUACCGUUGCGCCGUGGCUUGGGACACGAAUGACCAAGCUCUCUUUGAUUCAACUUUUUUGCCCGACGGUGUCUUUCUGGUCAACGGCCGUGCCAUGACUGGUCUGUCUGAGAUCCACAGCACCGGACUUGCUCUCAUCUUUGCCGUCGACACCACGCACUUCGUUACUAAUUUGCGCGUUUCCAUGAAAGUGGGAGCCGGUGAGACCGCAGGAGCAGCUGGCGACGAGAAGGAGGCUAGGCUGACUGCUACCGUUUUCGUUCAACAUUUUGCCGGUGGGAAGGGUAUGGAAGCGGACCAGCCCAGCCUGAUGUCUGGAAGUCUGUAUCGCGGAGAGCUAGUUGAGGAUGUUGAUGGGUUGUGGAAGUUUAAGCGUUUGGCAAUCAAGGCUACUUGGGUUGAAGGCGAUUGGGGUGUUGUUGGAGGUAAAUUCCAUGAAGUCAAGGAGUGA